GUUCCAAUGGAGGUGUCGAAUGGGGUCCAGAAUGUUCCAGAACCUAGUCCAGAAAGUGUGGAACUGAAGGUUCUAGAUCCCAGCCCAGACAAUGAAAGCCCCAUUCACUGUUUCGCCCACACCUUGGCUGAAGACAUAGUACACUCAGCUACAUAUGAGUCCUCAUCCGGAUGUCCUCCAGUCCAGGAGAGAUUGGCUGAGAAGUUAGCCUCUCUGGCCAUCACAGCUGCCUUGAAGGAAGCAAUUGGAAGUGAGCUCUUUUGGUCUAACACAAGAUCUUGGUCCUAUUCCAACCCCAGCCCAUCCUCAGAUAGAAGGGAGCAGGGUCUACACAAUACAAUACAUGGAGAGGUUCAUAUGCACACAGAGAUGAGUGGCAAUAGUGAGACACCUCAAUCCAAUCCCAAUGUGACCAUCAAGUCCCACAGCUCUGGAUCCUCCACCUCCACUUCACAACCUUCCAAGUACGCCCUCUCCUACUGCUCCUUCUUACCCCAGUCGGGGCUUCCCACAGUGGGAUCACUGGACUACCCGGACGCCCCACCAACCACCCCUCUUCUCCCAGAGAUGGUCCAGAGCAGGGCUAGCUUUACCCGAAAACUAAAGGGGGGUCUGGCUAAAGAGUUCCUCCCCUCGCCCCCUCCCCCUACCCCCAAGGAAAAGCACAGAGAGGGGGGGCUGGCGUUGGAGACCGUGGGGGAGGUCGAGGACACCCGGGAGGGGGAGGAAUUCAUGGGGCGUCUGUUACGCUCUCUUUCUCUAGAGUGUUCUGAGAGAGAGGAAGUUUGGAAAGAAGAGGAAGAGUUUGAUAUACCAACAGGUAUUUUGACUGACGGCAAUGGCGAAGUCAGUCAUGAAGAGCGAGGACCCCACGGAAGGAGAGCCAAGUUGAUGGUAUAUGUAGAUGCACUCUCUGAUGAGAUCACCACCUGGAUGACAAAUAACAUGACAAAUAUUGACGACCUCUCUCUGAUGUCUGAUCAAAUGGCUGAUCAAAUCAUUACAUCCUCCAUGAGUGAGGUGAGGCUGAGGAGGUACGUUGGAAGGCUGGUCUCAGAUGCACUCUCCCUUGGCUGGGAAGAGCAGAAGGCAGCCUCUCUCCAUGACUCCCUAGUUCUCCGACAGGAACAGAUAGGGAGAGGGGAACCAAACCCAACGGACCAAGAGGCUCAUCUAAUUGUCUAUCCUUAUCCAUAUCCAACCACUCCCAACCAGUCAUCCAGCAUCCAACUUUGUUCGCCCAAACCCAAUGAGAUGGAUCUGGAUCUGACCACCAACACAGCCCACCCUCCAGCCCACUCUCCAACCUCUGUAAUCAGUCAGUCCUAUGCUGAAGACUUGGCCCGAGCUGUGGUGAGGUGUUGUGUGAUAGAAGCCUCCAGGAAGCAGUGUAUGUAGCUCUCAAGGGUUACAUCCCAAAUGACACCCUAAUCCCUGUAUAGUGUAUUACUUUUGACCAGAUCUCUGGUCAAAUGUAGUACUCUGUAUAGGGAAUAUGUGUAGUUGUCCAGGCUGGUUGGACUGUGGUGGAGGGCCUGGUGGUAACAAGAAACAAACUGACCCCAAGAGGGCGCCAUUAUAGUAAUAUUCAGCUCCUGAAGAAAGUGUUGGAGUUGGACAACAAUUGGUAAUGUCAAAACUGAUGAGCUUGAUAUAUGGCACAACCUUAACCCACAAUUAUGAUGAGCUUUGUUUACGUGAGCUAUAGACCGAAUUAAGAAUAAAUGGACUUUAAAUUUGCUAACUUCUGAUGAUAUUGCCACAAGGUUGGAGUUAGUGGUCAAAAUGACAUGCUAGUAUUGUCAGAACCGAUGAGGUUGAUUUACAUGGGCUAUAACCUAAACCCAAAAUGAAGAAUAAAUUAUUUAUGUAUAAUUGCUCACUGACGAUAUUCCCUGCCACAAGGUUAGUUGUCCAGGCUGGUUGGACUGUGGUGGAGGGCCUGGUGGUAACAAGAAACAAACUGACCCCAAGAGGGCGCCAUUAUAGUAAUAUUCAGCUCCUGAAGAAAGUGUUUGAGUUGGACAACAAUUGGUAAUGUCAAAACUGAUGAGCUUGAUAUAUGGCACAACCUUAACCCACAAUUAUGAUGAGCUUUGUUUACGUGAGCUAUAGAACGAAUUAAGAAUAAAUUGACUUUAAAUUUGCUAACUUCUGAUGAUAUUGCCACAAGGUUGGAGUUAGUGGUCAAAAUGACAUGCUAGUAUUGUCAGAACCGAUGAGGUUGAUUUACAUGGGCUAUAACCUAAACCCAAAAUGAAGAAUAAAUUCUUUAUGUAUAAUUGCUCACUGACGAUAUUCCCUGCCACAAGGUUAGAGUUAGUGGUCGGACAAUGUUGUCAUGUACUUCAGCCUGAACCAUAACUUUAACUGAAAGAGAAAAUUGACAAUAUUUGCUUACUUCUGACGAUAUUGUCACGUGAUUAAUGGUUUAGAAUGGGAUUUGUGGUUAGGAGGUUAUCUAUUCUGUAACUUCUUGGACUAACCACAGCUGGACCAGCUAGGAGGAAACUAUUGGGACAACCAACUGGGUCAAGAUGACUCAGACCAUCUUUCAUCCACACACACACACACACACACACACACACACACACACACACACACACACACACACACACACACACACACACACACACACACACACACACACACAGGCUCAUACGUGCACUGAACACCCAUACGUGCACGAAUGCACACACUCGCGCGCAGACACGGGCACACACACACAUAAACUUUCCACAGCAGACACAGGGAGUGAGCAGGGCCAGAAUAAUGCAGGGGCUUACCGGGGCUGAAGCCCCUGGGCCCAGGCCUGUGGGGGGCCCAAGAGGCAACAAAAAUACAGCUAAAAAAAAAUAAAGAAAAAAGUUAAAGUCAAAAAUAUUAAGGAAAUAUAUACUGUAAAGUAUAUAUUAUAUAUGUAGUAUAUAUUUUAUGUUUUUUUCACUUCAAUCGCCAACCACAGGAAAUCUCAGGAGCCUGCUGCUGCCGCUUUGCUAAUCAUCAAAUGGGGGGAGUAGAGGAGGUAGGUGGCCCAAGUGGGUAACUGGGGGGCCCUGCCUUGAUUGGGUAACUGAUUAAUAACAAUAAAUACAAAAUGCAUAAUAAAUAUGUGACUGGUCAAUUAUGUGAGUCAGUGGCUGGGCCCAAGCAUGUACUGGGCCCAAAUGUACUGUAUUAUAAUACAUUUAUUAUUAGAAUGUUUUAUCCAACCACAGGAGUCCGCUCUCAAUGUUCAAAAUACACCAGAGAGCAUAACUUAGCCACAGAAGAUCAAUAGUUUAUAAAAAAUAACUGUGGAUUACGUUUUAUUACAAGCACAUACAAGUAUCUGCCAAAAUUAAGGAAACAACAUAAAGUGUCUUAAACGGGUGUUGUGCCACCACGAGCUACCAGAACAGCUUCAAUGAGCCUUGGCAUAGAUUCUACAAGUGGACCUAAACCAUGCCAGGAAAAUGCACCCACUUCUAUUUAAAAAAAACGAAGCCCCCAGGCCUAAGAUUUCUUAGCCCGGCCCUGGGAGAGAGUGGGAGUGAGGAUGAGGUCAGUGUGUGUUUUUGUUUCUCUCUGUUGAGCUUGUGUUAGGGUGUGUGUGUGUGUUUGGUGGAGAAAGGGAGGCAUAUUGAGACCACAAUAAGACUAGAAAAACAAGUGAUUUUAGUGUGAAAUCCAAACUCCUUGGUUACGUCCCAAAAUGCACCCUAUUCCCUAUUAGUGCACUACUUUUGACCAGCGCCCAUAGGGCUUUGCUUAAAAGUCUUGUAUUAUACAGUAUAGUUUGGAUUUCACACUAAAAUUACUAUUUCUUUUGUGAAAUCAGUGUAUGUUUCUAAUAAUCACGCUGUUAUUUUCCCCCCUUUCAGAUGUAAUAUGUAACAAGUUAGUGAAAAUAAUAUAUGGUUUGUGUUGCUUCACAGUACCGCUGUUCCAUAAGUUGUAUUUUUAUCUAUCUAUUAAAUCUAAUUUUACUGCUUGCAUGAGUUACUUGACGUGGAUGUCAAUCUCUUCUCCACUUUGAGCCAGGAGAGAUUUACAUUAAUGUUAGCUCUCUCUGUACAUCCAAGGGCCACCUGUGCCGCCCUGUUCUGAGCCAAUUGCAAUUUUCCUAAGUCCCUCUUUGUGGCACCUGACCACACAACUGAACAGUAGUCCAGCUGAGAGAAAACUAGGGCCUGUAGGACCUGCCUUCUUGAUAGUGUUGUUAAGAAUGCAGAGUAACGCUUUAUUAUGGACAGACUUCUCCCCAUCUUAGCUACUGUUGUGUCAAUAUGUUUUGGCCAUGACAGUUUACAAUCCAGGGUUACUCCAAGCAGUUUAAUCACCUCAACUCGCCCAAUUUCCACAUUAUUCAUUACAAGAUUUAGUUGAGGUUUAGGGUUUAGUGAAUUAUUUGUCCCAAAUACAAUGCUUUUAUUUAUUUUUUUAAUAUUUAGGACUACCUUAUUCCUUGCCACCCAUUCUGAAACUAACUGUAGCUCUUAGUUAAGUGUUGCAGUCAUUUCAGUCACUGUAGUAGCUGACGUGUAUUGUGAUAAGUCAUCUGCAUACAUAGAUACACUGGCUUUGCUAAAAGACUGAAAAAGACUAAUGGGCCUUCACAGCUGCCUUGAAGGAAGCAAUUGGAAGUGAGCUCUUUUGGUCUAACACAAGAUCUUGGUCCUAUUCCAACCCCAUCCUCAGAUAGAAGGGAGCAGGGACUACACAAUACAAUACAUGGGGAGGUUCAUACACACACAGAGAUGAGUGGCAAUAGUGAGACACCUCAAUCCAAUCCCAAUGUGACCAUCAAGUCCCACAGCUCUGGAUCCUCCACCUCCACUUCACAACCCUCCAAGUACACCAACUCAUACUGCUCCUUCUUACCCCAGUCGGGGCUCCCCACAGUGGGAUCAUUGGACUACCCGGACGCCCCCCCAACCACCCCUCUUCUCCCAGAGAUGGUCCAGAGCAGGGCUAGCUUUACCCGAAAACUAAAGGGGGGUCUGGCUAAAGAGUUCCUCCCCUCGCCCCCUCCCCCUACCCCCAAGGAAAAGCACAGAGAGGGGGGGCUGGCGUUGGAGACCGUGGGGGAGGUCGAGGACACCCGUGAGGGGGAGGAAUUCAUGGGGCGUCUGUUACGCUCUCUCUCUCUCUAGAGUGUUCUGAGAGAGAGGAAGUUUGGAAAGAAGAGGAAGAGUUUGAUAUACCAACAGGUAUUUUGACUGACGGCAAUGGCGAAGUCAGUCAUGAAGAGCAAGGACCCCACGGAAGGAGAGCCAAGUUGAUGGUAUAUGUAGAUGCACUUUCUGAUGAGAUCACCACCUGGAUGACAAAUAACAUGACAAAUAUUGACGACCUCUCUGAUGUCUGA